AUGCUAGCAAGGAAAAAACUGAAAAAAUCACUUAAAAAUGAUAGAAGCCGUCGACCAGCAACCACAGAAGGAUUCAAAGUUCCUGUGCUUCCACCGAAUAUUAAAACAUUACCACCAGACACUCCCCACGGAAAAAGAGCAGCUCCACCAUCGCCACGAAAAGCCAAAUACUCACCGGUGCUUAAUCAAAAAUCGGAUAAUUUUAGUUAUGAUUCUCGACACCAUCAUCCAAUAAGAGUAGCGUGCACUUUUUCGCAGCCGCUGUUCUUAGCUAAGACACCAUCGGAAGCAUCAAUCGUCGUCAUAAACAUCGCGAAAUUUUCAAUAUUUCUUUUUUGCACUCAGAUUCUUGCCCACCACCUACGUCAAAUUGAUCAAGUUGAGAAGAAUUAUCAUGAAGAAGAAUAA